AUGCCAUCUUUCGCGCCGUACAAGUCGAUACACGACGUCUCUCGGAUUGAGCUCGGUGUGGAGACUAAGAUAAAGAACGAUCAACGAUAUAACGCGCUGCGAGAUCUGGAUGACCUGUCUGACUCAAGCACUGAAGCAGGAGAAUGGGAAGUAGAGGAUGGCAUGAAGCUUCAGCGGUCCGGAAAGCGGAGGUUCUGGAGGGUAUUGAGUCAUUACCGCUGGCUGCUCGACACGACGCUUCUUUUGGUCAUCGUUGGGUUGCUCGCGGAAAAAAGAUGGAGACGCGACCACAGUUACCAGUAUGAGUUUGCUGGAGACAUCACAGGCUUCGCGCCAAAAUUUUCACAACAGAUUGUCACCUUCCGACCCAACCCAAUCUUCGCGCCGGAAAACGCAUCGGAGUUUUGGAAUAGAGAUGUCCAACAGGCCUGGCUGAACAUUGUUCCCGAAGGAUUAGGUUACGUCGAGGUCAAAGACUCUGCGCAGCACGAUAAUCUUCCACGGCCAAUCCACGACUACGUCAACAAUACGGUAUUCACGACUUCCAUGACGCAUCAGCUGCAUUGUCUGUACACGAUUCUCAACGCUUACAACACAAUGUCAGUCACGCUUGACAAUCCCAUGUUGAAAGUCAACCCCAUACAACAGCCCUGGCAUGUGAAUCAUUGCUUUGAGUACAUCAGGCAAGCUAUCAUGUGUGCAGGCGAUGUCGCCUUAGAAGGAGCCGCAACAACCUUUCCGCUGGGUCCGAAUGGAGAAGAUCAAGGAGGGAGCGAUGGUUGGGAUGGGAAACAUGUCUGUAAGGACUACGGUCAGAUCAUCAAGUACCUGGAAAAAGAAACGAUCAACCACGUCAGAUGGAUAUCAUGA